GUCCAGUCCUACUUCCCGAUUCCCUCGAUCAACAAAAUGUCAUGGAUCUGUCCGUGUAUUGUCUUACUCACACUGGUGGCGUGUGGUGUACAACAACAAGCGAAUGGUCAUGAUUCUGCAAUAUCGAACUACCAACAAAAAGCCCGGAUCUGGUAUCCGAAAGGGUUCCAUAUUCAUCCUCGAACUGAAAGUAAGAAGGAGCAUUUCGUCUCUGCGGAGCCGGUCUCAUCAACGUCGAGGCCUCGCAUAGCGGAUACACCGCAGGUGAGCAAUCGCACGCAUUACAACGAUAAGAAUAAAACAAGAGCAACCCCCUCUGCCGCAACCGCAAGUGUAUUGAGAACUACUGCCACUAUUAGACCAAGUUCAGGCGGACCGCUUUUGUUAUCAUUUGAGAUUGUUGGAGAUCUGGGAAGUAGACUGACCGAUCCAGACAAAAAAUUGGUCGUUGAGGUCGGCGUGAACGAUCUUUCCAUGCUCAAUGACGAGGCGCUCGGCUUAAGGAAUCGCACAGACGUGGUUGUUCUGGGCUUCGAACCACUCCUAGACAAAUAUGCACGCAACGUCCUCAAAUACAGGAAUAGUGGAGGAAAUUUGGAUCAUGGUCAUCAUGCUGAUAGCACAUCUAUUAAGAACGAGGUCGAGGAGAGCAGAAGCAAUAGCAAAGAAGAUGAAAAUGACAGUACAACUUGGCCAAACGAUCAUAUUGAAUCACAUGAUGAUGCAGCACCGCUUCGUUUGUCUCUUGUGGAUGACCUGUGGUCUGAGGAAGGCCGAACGCUUUUUCUACCCUUCGCAGUGGGGGACGAUACGCAGGAUCAUGAUACAUCGACGGCUACCACGACGCCGGGAGAAGAUCGUAAUAUUGUAGUUGAGAACGCUGGAAAGAUUUAUACUUCUGAGGACACUGAGGCCACGACGAUGAAGAUGAUGCCAGAAGCUGAAUUUUAUGUAGCAAAGCUCGAUGGAUGCAG